AUGGCUGAUACCGCCAUGGAGAACCCGGCCAACACCGUCCCGCCGCACAAGAAGCAGCUCCCGUCGUCGAUACCCAACUUUGAUACCCUGGAGGGCUUCUCCACCGAGGGCAGCGAUGACUACUCGACCUUCAAGAAGCUGCAACGGCAAUUAGAGUUCGUAGCGCUCAGGCACAUGGAACCGCAGGUGGCUAACAGUCGCAGGUACAUCCAUCUACAGGAAGAGUACAUCAAAGAUGAGCAACGGAGUCUGAAGCGAGAGUUGGUGAGGGCACAGGAGGAGAUCAAGCGCAUUCAGAGUGUACCGCUGGUGAUAGGGCAGUUCAUGGAGGCCAUCGACCAGAACACCGGCAUCGUACAAUCGUCCACCGGCUCCAACUAUGUCGUCCGCAUCCUCUCCACUCUCGAUCGCGAACUCCUCAAGCCAUCGUCAUCCGUCGCGCUGCACCGCCACUCAAAUGCCCUCGUCGACAUCCUGCCACCAGAGGCCGACUCCUCGAUUGCCAUGCUUGGUCAAGACGAGAAGCCAGACAUCACGUACGCCGAUGUUGGAGGUCUAGAUAUGCAGAAGCAGGAGAUUCGGGAAGCUGUUGAACUGCCGCUCACACACUUCGACCUCUACAAGCAGAUCGGUAUCGACCCACCGCGCGGUGUACUGCUAUACGGACCUCCGGGUACAGGAAAGACCAUGUUGGUGAAGGCUGUAGCAAACAGCACGACCGCGUCCUUCAUCCGUGUUGUCGGUUCGGAGUUCGUACAGAAGUACCUGGGUGAAGGCCCACGUAUGGUUCGUGACGUGUUCAGAAUGGCGCGCGAGAACUCGCCAUCCAUCAUUUUUAUCGAUGAGAUUGAUGCUAUUGCUACAAAACGUUUCGAUGCGCAGACAGGUGCCGACCGAGAAGUUCAGCGUAUCCUGCUCGAGCUGCUCAACCAGAUGGACGGUUUCGACCAGACGUCCAACGUGAAGGUCAUCAUGGCGACGAACCGCGCGGAUACCCUCGACCCUGCGCUGCUCCGACCCGGUCGUCUCGACAGGAAGAUCGAGUUCCCUUCGCUACGCGACCGCCGUGAGCGCCGUCUUAUCUUCUCCACCAUCGCUAGCAAGAUGAGCUUGUCGCCUGAGGUAGACCUUGACAGCUUGAUCGUCCGAAACGACCCCCUCUCCGGUGCCAUCAUCGCAGCUAUCAUGCAGGAAGCGGGUCUGAGGGCCGUACGCAAGAACAGGUACAACAUUAUCCAGAGCGAUUUGGAGGAGGCAUACACCAGCCAGGUCAAGGGUGCGGCAGAGGCCGACAAGUUCGAUUUCUACAAGUAA